AUGACCACUCCUCUUUGCGACAGAAGAGAUUUUAUUCCUCUUUCGCGCCACAAAAUGAAUCCACGUGUCAUUUUAGCUUCUCUUCAUUUGUUUGCCACCAUUGGUUUUAUUCCAGUCUGUUUGUGUGCCCAGGGGAGAUAUGCAUUCAAGCUGCUAAAUGAUUUAUUUGUGAAUUACACCAAUGCAUUGAGGCCUGUGGAGGACACGGACAACAUAAUUAACGUCACCUUGCAGAUCACUCUUUCCCAGAUCAUUGACAUGGAUGAAAGAAACCAGAUCCUCACAACAUACUUGUGGAUUCGUCAGGUGUGGUUUGAUGCCUACCUCACCUGGAAUAAGACAGACUACGAUGGGCUUGAUACCAUCCGUAUACCUAGUAGUUAUGUAUGGAGACCCGAUAUUGUCCUAUAUAACAAUGCAGAUGACCAGUUCUCCAGCUCUAUGGAGACUAAUGUGGUGAUCCGCCAUGAUGGCCAGAUUAUGUGGGACCAGCCUGCAAUUACCAAGAGCUCCUGCAAAGUAGAUGUGUCUUACUUCCCUUUUGAUGCACAGCAGUGCCGCCUCACCUUUGGCUCCUGGACCCACAACGGCAACCAGAUGGAUAUUCAUAAUGCUCUGGACAGUGCUGAUCUGGCUGACUUUGUGGAGAAUGUAGAGUGGGAGGUUCAGGGAAUGCCUGCGAAGAAGAACAUUAUUCUCUAUGGCUGCUGCUCAGACCCUUAUCCAGAUAUCACCUACACACUUCACCUGAAGAGAAGAGCUUCUUUUUAUAUCUUCAAUCUGCUCAUUCCCUGCAUGAUGAUCUCUUUCUUGGCUCCGCUAGGCUUCUACCUUCCAGCUGACUCUGGAGAGAAAGUAUCUUUAGGGGUCACAGUGUUACUAGCCCUUACUGUCUUCCAGCUCCUGGUUGCGGAAAGCAUGCCUCCUUCAGAGAAUGUACCACUAAUUGGGAAAUAUUACAUCGCCACAAUGACCAUGAUUACAGCUUCUACAGCCCUGACCAUCUUCAUUAUGAACAUACACCACUGUGGACCAGAGGCUCAGCCUGUUCCUGCAUGGGCACGUCGCUUUAUCCUGCACUACUUGGCUCGAAUUUGCUUUGUCUAUGACAUGGGAGAGAGCUGCCUGUCUGUGUACACAGACAAACCUGCGCAAAAGGGAAGCAACUGCACUUUAAAUGGACAGGCUGUGGGCGAGGACUUUGCUUUGAAGGUACGAGGCUUUUCAGCCAGUGAAGGGUGUUCACAGAAGAUAAAAGAUCCAUUAAAUGAAGAUGCCAGUCCAACCUUAUCUCCCCGACAAGGUAAAGAGUGCUAUACUGGCUGGAUUGAUGGUACCUGUGUAAGCAUUGACCAUGGAGAGGUUGAAGGAGCUACAGCAGAGAGAGUGACUGAAAGCAGAGCAACUGGGAGAGAAUCAGUCAAGAAGAUACAUGUUGAAAGUCAGUGUUUAUACCAUCAGCAAAACAUCCUGAGUAAUAUAGAGUACAUUGCUAACUUUUAUCAUGAACAGAAGGCUACGCAGAGACGAAAUGGGGAGUGGAGGAAAGUUGCCAAAGUCAUGGAUCGUUUUUUUAUGUGGAUAUUCUUCAUUAUGGUCUUCUUUAUGAGUUUGCUCAUUAUAGGGAAAGCUGUCUGAAGGUAUGAUAUAAGCACCAGGGGCCUUGUGCAUAAAUGUGUGUGUAGAUUUUAAAGGCAUUGACACUGAUGUUGAUGACACAGGCCAGACAUACAGUGUCUCAUUUGCUGUUUUAUUGUAUUGUUCAUGAAUUCAUAUUAAUUCUAAAUUAGGGAUAAGUAAUCGGACAGUAAUUAACACAUGACUGCUAUUCUCAAACCAAGCUGAAUUCAUUAAAUAGGAAUUUAUUUAGGCCCAGACCAGACACGUAAAAAUUUUUAUUAUUUUGAUAGAAGUGAGAUAUAUUGUAAGGUCAAUCCAAUUUUAAUUUUUAGGGUUUUUUUUGUUAUUUUUUAUAGAAAAUCUAGACUAACUCAAAGUUUGUGUCGGGAUUUAUUUGCAUUUGAAAUUUUUUUUUUUUUAUUUAUUAUUAAGACCCCUGGGUAGAUUAUUCAGGUCAUAGGUUUUAAAAAAACACUUUCCUUGUACUUAUGUGUCUGUUUGUUUGUGUUUAGCAUUAAUUUUAGGUUAAUGACUUUUCAAAGUAUCAGUAGCCUCUAACUAAUGUGUCUUGACUGUAGAGAAAAUAGACCUCUGUAGCCAAAACCAAGCAAAUAGCCAACCAGGAUUUUUGUGACAUGGGUGAACUCAGAUUUUGUUGAAUGUCCUUACUAAUAUUUGUAUUGCUCCCAAUAAAUUAAA